AUGCGGUCAGUGGCUGCAGCUGAAACUGUUGCCGCGCCUUCAGGACCAGAGACGUCCAUAUACGUCAGCGCUUCUGUGCUUUCUGUUUCUUCCUCUGCCGGCUGCAUCUCGUGCGCCCACAUGAGUCAGUCGCCAUUGGCAUCAUCCACGGUAUCUGAGGGUGCGUCGGCGUCGCCAUCGACCGACAGCUGCGACAUUCUUUCUGCUUCGUCGUCGUCAGCACUGACGGAUGCGGAGGACACUGCAGCAACUGCAUCAGUGACUCUGUCCGUCUUCACGUGCUCUUCUGUUGAUGGCGAUGCCGACGCCGGUGCGCCACCCGUGCUACGCGACAGCAUGUGGUCUCUUGGUGCUCCACUAGUCAAUUCUUCGGCCAUCACAACAGUGAUGGCCGUGGCUACUGAUGUGCUGUAUCAACCCCCCGAAGACUUGCCCAGUCUGCAGCCUCUGCCGAGCACUAACGCGGUCCAGCUGCGCGGAUCGACCGCGAAUGUGGCUGUAAUGGAACACGAGAGCGGUACUGAGGCACUGCAAGCGGUUCAGUUCGUCUCGCUUUCCAACUCGCAUGACAAUCCUGGGAGCCUGGGUGAGGCCCUAUCUUCGACAGCAACGAAGAUACCGUCUUCCCCGGCGUUCUCUGGUGUGGUGAGCGAUGCGUCGACAUUGCAGCACGGAGUUGCAAGUUCGCUGCCCACGGCUACGCUGGCACCGCCAGCAGAAUCCUCGGUCCUGUUCGUGCCGACUGUCGCUACGGACCCCGAUCGUCCCAAUGACAUCCUUGCUCCGUCUCUGGCAGGUGCCUCGCUAGCCUCGUCUGACUCUUCGUCCUUAUCGCAGUCGCAGGAGAGAGCCAGGACAACGCCCAUCGUCGCUUGCGAUUCCGCAGAAGCCACCACUAGAGUGGAGCACUUAUGUAUGGGUAUCUCACUGCCUAUUGGAGAGUCGGUCAGUUCGCCAGCGAUAUGCUGUACCACAGCAUCCACCGGAGGCCAGAGCGCUGCACAUUCGCAGCCAUCCCCGCCAUUGGCCGAUCUUUCCAUGUCUGCUAUCACCCCUGAUAGGAAAAACGUCGUGGUGCAGUUGCCACGGGUUGGGAAUGCCGAAGGUGGUGUCUCAGGAGAGGAGGCGCUUCUAGACUCGGCAGAAACCCACGUGGCGUUUGGUGACACUCGAAUAGCAGAGCCUACCUUGUCACUCAGCUCUGUAACCGCCGACAGGCACGGUGGGGAGAGCCCACAAGCCGAGAGCGGGGCGGCAUUCGAGGCGUCCACGAAGGCAACGCCGCUACUGACGCAACCAGUGGUUGUGUCGGAGAAACCAACGUUACCAACUGCUCCAGCGAGCUCAGGCCUCGACGCUGCUCGGCAUGACAGGAGUGCUCGCAAGUGGUGCGCGGCAAGUGCGGAGUCGCCGGCGACCCCGAAGGCUGCCAAUGCGCCACCCGCUUCUCGAAAGCGUCGUCGAGUCUCGUUGAUGAGCCCUCACCGACAGUCCCGUCUUCCCGUCGAACAGUCGGAGAGUGAGGAGAAGCUCACCGAGGAAGCGGAACCGACCCCUUCUUUGUCUGCACAUCCUGGGGGCGGCCCGCUUCUUGCGACAGCAGUCGAGUGCAUGAGUACGGCUUGCGCGGGUGAGGGGACCUGCAAGCGAUUCACUUGGGCCCAGACUCACGCACCGGCGACGGUGUCUCUCGCGGUGCGGGCGAGCGGUGACGAUGGAGACCAGGAGGAAAAGAGGCAGGUUGUGCGGGUGUCACCCGGCGAGGCACACAAAAGAGACGCCGCUGAUGUCGACGUUGGCAGUUCUUCCCUAGCAAAUGAGCGGGUGGAACCCCUAAAGGAUCUUCACAAGCCUUAUGACCACCGCGCGCGCAUAGCGUACGGAGCGCAGGCCGACUCAACAGCACACCCGUGUCCAAGGAAUGCACCUCUGGUGACGAGUACCGGUCAUGUUGGUGCAGAUAGCGAUGAAGAGGCAUCCACAAUGUCUCCGCCGCAGUUCUCUGUUGCGACAGGUGCGAGCGCUGCGACUGGUCGCACCACCGCCAACUCACUGUCAGUCAGCAACCUCACAACUGACAGCGCUUUAGCGACCUCGGGUGUGAACAGCGCCAGGUCGAAGAGGAGCGCUCGUAAUGCACAGGGGACAACAGCAGCGCCGCGCAAGGAGACAGUGUCAAAGGUUCUAACGAAGGAGGCUGUCACGCCUGCUCCUUCUCUGUCUGCCCCCUCCAAGCCAGUACUGAACCUCGCCGGCGUUAACGUUCAGGCACUCCUGGCCGAAGGUACUGACCCUCCUCCCCUGUACACACGCCGCCAGCGUCGCACGCGCCGGAGGUCAGCCCUCGCCGAAGAUCACCCGCUGUUUGCUGAGCACCGCGACUUGUGGGAGAACGACCCGUCAGGUCGCAUCUUCCCCAGAGCACCGUUUGCUAGCGAUGCGGACGUGCUCAACUCGCUGAUCGAGUGGACCGACUCACCGGCGUUGGUGUACGCGCAGCUCCUGUGGCGCUACGUGCCGGGGCUAUUUUUGCGCUUGGCGAUGCACGACGGCGACGUUACGCCGUGUGUGAAGGUGGAGCCCAAGGUAGAGGCAGACACCCGUAUGAAGCAGGAGAAGAUGGAAUGA